AUGAGUCCAACCGAUGCUAAACGAGGGGCUAAGCGCAGGAAGAACAAGCGGGGCGGUGUCAGUAGCUGCAGUGCUGUCUGCAGCAGCAGCGGUGCCAAGGGCCUGAGCUGUGCAGGGACUGCUACACCUGCCUCCGUGGUCAACUUCCUAUCUCCUGGCAGUGCGAGCAAUGGGAAUAUCGGCUCCAUAACUGGGAUCAACGGAGAGGUCAAUAUGAACAACAGUGUGGCUCCACAGUUCACAGAAGGACCUGUAAACGCAGACUUCUCCAGUGUCCUUCAGACUCCGUUCACAUUCGGCCUGAACCAGCGUGCUCCGUACUCGGCUGGAGACCGCUGCCUGUUGUGUCGCUGUGAGAGGAAAGACAGCACGUCACCUUUGGAUACGGGCUCCUCUGGACUGAACAGUGCGGGACAGUCCAGCCCUAGCAGCUCUUUGCAGCUGCCCCUGUGGGUGUGCCCAGACUGCAGACGCACUGUUGAGAAGGAGGACCGAAACACUGCUCUGGAGCAGCCCGUGGGGUGUCAGAACUUCCUGUUGCACAUGCCUAUGGGGAAUGGAACCAUGACACAGGAAGCCUCACUGGGGGACAGACUCAGCAGCGCAGCCCCUCCCCUCCCCACCCUCCCCACACCUAACCUGUCUGCUCCCCUGCCCACCGACACCGUGUGCAGUUGUGAGGCCUGCAACGAACGACGUGAGAUCUCUGCCGAAUCAGAGAGGGAAUCGCAGCAGCUCCAGAACCACUGGUCAGAGGUGCGUUACCUAGUGCGAUGUAUCUACCGCCAGACCGGGACGCCCCUCGCCGAUGACCACGACCAGCCACUGGAGCGAGACCAGGAGGGCAUCAAGGAUCUGGUGGACAGACUGUGUGAAAAGGAUCCAUAUCAGCUGUACCAGCGUUUAGAGCAGCAGGCCCGGGAGUACGUGCUGGAGAUGAAGGUGCGGCUGCUGAAGCAUCUUUCUGUGGGGCCGGGGUGCUCAGGGGUCAGUGUGGCCGUGUCCCAGGGCCCUCCUCAGGCACACCAGUUCAUCUCUCUGCUGCUGGAGGAGUACAACGCCUUGUGUCAGGCCGCACGCACCAUCAGCAGCUUCCUCCUCACCCUGGAGAAUGAGCACCUCCAGAAGUUCCAGGUGACAUGGGAACUGCACAAUAAGCACCUUUUUGAGAAUCUGGUAUUCUCAGAGCCCAUCUUGCACAGCAGUUUACCUGCACUGGUUUCACAGCUUAAGCAUGGCACAGCCUCCCAGGAUGCGUUCAGUGAGGCCCUGUUAGAGAGGUACCAGCAGCUGCAGCAGGAGAUGGCCUCUGUGGCAGCGCAGUGGCAGGAGUGUGAGAAGAGGAUAGACGACUAUGUAGAUGAGCAGCUGCUAUUCAAGGUCGAGGGCCAGAGUCUUACUUACCAAAGAACAGAACCUCAUAAAUCUCUUGUUAGCAAAAACACCUUAAAGACCAAGCAGCGGAUGUUAAAGGAGGACUGGGAGUUUUUCAAGCAGAGAAGAUUUCUAGAGGAGCAGAUGCCUAAUAAGAAGUCCAACUCUGAAGAUCACAAUUUCACAGACACCAUGAGAAUGCUCUCUUCACGCUUGAGUAUUCCCGACUGCCCAAACUGCAACUAUCGCAGGAGGUGCACGUGUGACGACUGCAGCCUAUCCCACAUCCUGACAUGCGGCAUUAUGGACUCUCCCAUAGCCGAGGACCUUCACAUCAAGCUGCCCCUCCAGGGAGAGCCCCCGCAGGACUACCUGUCCGAGGUGCAUCCCCCCAGCCUCUCCUCCGGCAGUUCAGCCUCUGGGUCUAACUCCAGCUCCCCCAUCACCAUCCAACAGCAUCCGCGGCUCAUCCUACCCGAUGGAGAUCCAAACACGUUCAUUAGCGAUGAAUAUGAAGUGCUUCCAUUGUCCAGUAAAUUUGGAGAAAUCUACCCUCUGAGCGCUUACGAGGACGGUAACAUGGUGAAUGGGCUUCACCACGAGCUGAACGGGGACGGUGAUAAGACUGUGUCGCCACAUCUAACCACCAGCAGCAGCAGUUCGUCAGAGGGGGACGAGGAAGAGGCAGAUGGUGGUGAGCCUCCAGGGCAGCAGGGAGAGCUAGGCCAAAUCCACAGCCCCCCACCUUCAUAUAGUCAUCAUCAGCAGGUGGCACCAGUGCAGCAUGUUUGUGAGUGCCACGUGUGCACUCAAGACUCCGCAUCCGCCGCGUCCUGUCUGCCCCCCGGCCGACUCCACAGUGCACCCCCACCUCCCCCUCCCACAGUGGGACACCAGUUCUUCACAGACCCCAAGACGCCCCCCUCACACCCUGCCCUGCACCUGUAUCCCCACAUCCAUGGUCACCUGCCCUUGCACAACUUCCCCCGACCCCUACUGCACCCCACCAUGUACCCGCCAAGCCCGCCACUGUCACACAACAAGCCCAUUCCUCCUAGCCCCACGUCAAGUCACUCAGCAGCGAAACAGCCCGCUUUCAGCCCGUCUUUACCGGAGCAUGUGUACCCAAACUGCUUCAGCUCGCCAGGGGGCACAGGCGACUGGAACAGCUCACUACAGUGCCUCUCUCUUAAGUUUGAAAACCUGUGGGAUGCUGCUGUCAUGAAGAGUUGGAACCCCUCUGUGCUUCUGCCCGACUCUUUACCAGGUGACAUGCUGGGACCCCCCCUGGCUGACGUAGCCCUCCCUCCUGCCUCACCCCUUGGCCCCCAGGCAGACCACUGCUCCCUGCCCACACCUCCUUCCUCCUCUGUGUCUUCGUCGUCCUCGUCCUCAUCGUGCUCCUCGUCAGAUGUCAAAGAGCAGAAGAGGAGCGCCGCCAAGAAGAAGUGUCUAUACAACUUCCAGGAUGCCUUCAUGGAGUCCAGCCGUGUAGUCAUGGCAACCUCCGCAACAACACCCAUGUCCUGCACUGCCACCACUGUCCAGUCGAAUGAUGUAUUUCACAGUUUGGGUAAAGAGGAUCACAGACCGCCCUGUUCCAGUCCCAGAAACACCUCCACAGGCCUUGGCUCCCUCCCCCCACUUUCCAGCCCCAACCUGCUCCCACCACAUACCACACACCUGCCCACAAUGGCUCCUCCCACUUUCCCAAAGAUGGCCGCCCCAGCCCCAGAUUUCAGCGAGGCACACCACAGCCUCUGUCUCCCCCCUAGCGAACCCCCAGUGUCCUCCACAGACGGGGCAGUCAGCGCGCCGCCCAGUCUUUGCAGCGACCCAGAAUGUGAGGGCCACCGCUGUGAGGGGAACGGGGCGUACGAGCACCAGCCUUACGAUGGAGAGGAGAGCCAGGACGAAGACAGCUGCUCCGAACACAGCUCCUCUACCUCCACCUCCACCAACCAGAAGGAAGGGAAGUACUGUGACUGCUGCUACUGCGAGUUCUUUGGCCACGGAGGGCCCCCAGCCGCUCCCACCAGCAGAAACUAUGCAGAGAUGCGAGAGAAGUUGCGUCUGCGACUGACCAAGCGGAAAGAGGAGCAGCCGAAGCGCGAGGAUCAAGUGCCUGUGUUGGAGAGAGACGGGGGAGUCGAGGACCACCGGCGGGUGGAGGACUUACUGCAGUUCAUCAACAGCGCAGACAAUAAACCUCCAUCCAGCUCUAAGGCAGCCAAAAGGGCGAGGCACAAGCAGAAGAAGCUGGAGGAAAAAGCGCGUCAGGAGGCCGAAGCCCGUGAGCGAGAGGAAAAGCAGCUACUUGAGGAGCAGCAGCUACUUGAGGAGCAGCGGCGGCAGCAGGAAGAGGAGGAGGCGGCGCUUCAGAAAGAACUGCUCCGUCUCCAGGAACUACAACAUCAGCGCAUCGCCAAAAAGAAGAAGAAAGACAAGGCCAAGGAGAACACGGCCCCCCUACAUAACAACCCGCAGCCCCUCAAACAGAGCGCCCAGAACGUCCUGGACAACUUGCAGCUCCAGAACUUCAUCCGCCUUCCCGACCACAAGCCCCUUACGUCCCACUGCCCCAAACGCACCAGUGACCGAAAUCUCAAAAUGGACAAUGGUAUGCUCUGCUCCACCCUGCACAAUUGCUCCACCGUGCACAUGGAGGUCAACGGCAAAGCUAAGAGCAAACAGACAAAGGCCGCUUCCAGUGAGAUGCCUGCACCCAAGAAAAGCCCAGAACCAGCGGCCAAGCUCGCCAACGGAGCACCUCCUCCACCCACGGACACCAAAGCAGGCCGCUUCAGGCCCGUAGAAGCUCUCGCAGUUCCCAUCUCUGAGACCAGACCCAGCAGCAACGGCAGCAGCGGGAAGAGGCCCCAGCUGAAGGAGGAGCGGACGAGCCCAUCCGCUCAUCACCAUUCCCCCUCCCCACCCCCUGUGCCCCCGCACCCGGAGCACAUCCAGCAGAACGGCAAACCAGCCAGCGCAGAGUCCCCACAGGCCAAGUCUAAGAGCAAGAAGAACCGCAAGAAGAAGGGCGACAAAUCCAAUACGUCAAUAGAUGACGUUUUUCUGCCCAAAGACAUUGACCUGGACAGCACAGAGAUGGAUGAGACCGAGAGAGAGGUGGAAUAUUUUAAAAGGUUCUGCUUGGACUCUGCACGACAGACACGGCAACGACUCUCCAUCAACUGGUCCAACUUCAGCCUUAAGAAGGCCACAUUUGCUGCUCACUGA